AUGAAGAAGAUUGACAAGACGGCAAAGCUAGGAAAAAUCAUUCAAGUAAAAUCCGGCAUAUCUAGUUUUCUUACACCAGAAUUUGUGGUUGUUCAGACAUUUGGAAAGCCGCUGGAAAACACCAUUCUGUGUGCGGACAAAUUCAAGAUUAAGACAGUUCUAUCCAGUGAGUUGAAGAAGGAUAUUGUGAUCUUCAGCCCCUCUACGAUUGAUGUGGAUGAAGACUUUGUAAGUUGGAUGAGAUUCUACACCUACUCAGGACAAAAUGUCUAUGUUUAUAUCUUUGAUUCGAAAAAACAGUGGUAUAUUGAUGAGGUAAUAUGA